AUGCAAUCACCAUCCUCCUCCCUUACCCUGAUCGUCGCGACAACCCCAAUCCGCGUCGCGUCCCAAGAUCCAGGAAACCCCGAACCACGCACACGUCUCGGCAUCGGUCUAAAUGGCACUCUCCCCUGGCCACGUAUCAAGGCGGAUAUGAGUUUCUUCGCACGCGUUACAUCCCGCGCACCAGAGCCAGGAACCACGAACGCAAUCAUUAUGGGACGAAAGACCUAUGACUCCGUACCAAAGCAUCUGCGUCCACUGGGAAAACGUAUUAGUGCAAUCAUCACACGUGAUACUACCGGUUCGGUGCGUAAGGGUGUUGAAGAAGAUCUGAAGAAGAGGAAGGAGAAGAUGGCUGCAAUUGCGGCUGCUAAGGCUGUUGAGAAUGACAAGGAACAGAAAGAUGAACCUAUCACCGAUGCGAUUGUGGUUCCUAGUUUGGAUUCUGCGCUUGAGGAGCUGCAAGAGAUUUAUGGAGCUGGUCAGGCUCUGGGCAAGAUGUUUGUUAUUGGAGGUGCGGAGAUUUAUGGUGCUGCGUUGAGGAGGGAGUUUGGGGAUGUGGAUGGUUUGAAGAGACCUCUUAGAAUUGUUAUGACGAAUGUGGUGCGGAAACCUGAGGGUGGUGAGGAAGUGCCGUUCGAGUGUGAUACUUUCUGGCCAUUGGAUUGUAUGGAUGAGCGGAAUGGCUGGAGGAGUGCUAGUCCCCAGGAGUUGUCUGAGUGGGUUGGAGAGGAGGUUACUGGGGAGUGGAUUCGGGAAGGGGAUUUUGAAGUUCAGAUGGUUGGGUAUGAGAAGUUGAUUUAA